AUGGCUACCGUGAUAAAAACAGAAUGCAAGACCAUGGUAUGCAAGGCCCCAGACCGAUCUUGGUGGAAGGAGGCAGCAAUCUAUCAGAUUUAUCCAGCCUCAUUCAACGACAGUAACGACGAUGGUCUGGGUGACGUUCGCGGUAUCCUACAGAAAGUUGACUAUCUACACUCCCUCGGCGUGGACGCAGUAUGGCUGUGUCCCAUCUUCAAGUCACCUCAAAAAGAUAUGGGAUACGACAUCUCCGAUUACAGAAAUAUCCAUGAGCCAUAUGGCACCUUGAACGACGUGGAAGAGCUGACCACGGCGCUACACGGCCGUGGCAUGAAGUUGGUGAUGGAUCUGGUGGUCAAUCACACCUCCAAUCAACAUCCCUGGUUCAACGAGUCACAGUCGUCCCGCGAUAAUUCCAAGCACGAUUUUUACAUCUGGAAGGAACCCCGACUUGAAAACGGCAAGCGAGUACCACCAAAUAACUGGGGGUCCGCGUUCGGUGGCAGUGCUUGGACCUACAACGAGGCCAGAGAUCAAUACUACCUUGCGCUCUUUUCCCCCGAACAACCCGAUCUGAAUUGGGAUAAUCCAGAGGUGGUGAGUGAGGUACACGAGAUCAUGACGUUUUGGCUGGAGAAGGGCAUCGAUGGUUUCCGCAUGGAUGUCAUCAACCUAAUCAGCAAAGACCCCAGCCUCCCGGACGCGCCUAUCACACAGCCAGGCCGCGAGUUCCAGCCCGGGUACAUGCACUACGCGUACGGUCCACGCUUGAACGAGCACCUGCGCGGCCUACGCAAGGUCCUGGACCGAUAUGGCGCUUUUGCGGUUGGCGAGAUGCCCGACGUCAAGGAUGACAACCAAGUGGCCGCGGUAGUCUCUUCGGAACGCAAAGAGCUCAACAUGAUCUUCCAAUUCGACAUUGUAGAUAUGGACAUUGGUGACAACGGCCGGUUCUCCCCCCGCAAGUGGAGUCUUACCACAUUGAAGAAUAUUUCCAAUCGAUGGCAGACACUGAUGCAGAAUGUUGGCGGAUGGAAUGCACUGUUCCUCGAAAACCACGAUCAAGCUCGCUCUGUGUCCCGCUUCACCAAACAUCGGCCUGAGCACCGUACACUGGCUGCCAAAAUGCUGGCGACGUUCAUUGGCCUACAAUCAGGGACGCUGUAUGUAUAUCAGGGCCAAGAGCUCGGUAUGACCAGCCUACCCGAGGACUGGUCGCUAGACGAGUUCAAAGACUGUGAGUCUCUCAACCACCACACUGAAGCAUUGGAGUUUUUCAAAGGCGACGAAGAUGGCAUGCAAGGGUUCCUGCGUGAGAUUAGGAAGAAAGCCCGCGACAAUGCCCGCUCGCCUAUGCAGUGGAACGCGGAGCCGAACGCAGGUUUCAGCUCGGCGAAGCCAUGGAUGCGGGUCAACGACAAUUAUCCGCAAAUCAAUGCGGAGCAGCAGGAUGCUGAGGCCUCGAGUGUACUCAAUUUCUGGAGGCAGCUACUGAAGAUACGGAAGGAGCAUGUUGCCACCCUCGUUUAUGGUAAUUUCGAAAUGGUGCAGGAUGGUGAUGAGGCCGUUGUGUGUUUCAAGCGUGGUGGCGGAGAUUGUGCUGAUUCUUGGGUUGUGCUGAAUUUCACCGAUGAUGAGGUGGCAUGGAAGGCCCCCGAUAUGCUGUUGCAGGCUGUUGCUAGCAAAAGACAGAUUCUCGGGACUUAUGAGGAUCUUGUUCUGCUUGAAGGGGACAGGUUGAGAUUGAGGCCGUUCGAGGCGAGGGUGUUCAUCUAG